UCCAUAAUGACAAAUUUUUGACAAAGUAAACCAAAAUUUUAAGUCUGAAAAUUUUAAAUAAAAUAUAAACGUAAUGGGCAAUAGACAUGUAACAAGAAUUAUUAAUGAUAUUGAAGAUCAAAAUAUAAGUUCAACUGGAGAUAAAGAAAAAAGAAGACGGAAAAGAUACUCUAGAAAUGCAGCAACUGCUUCAAACUCAAGGACUCGAAGAAAGUCGAAUUCUAGAUUCACAAAAUCUUCAAGAGAUGAACUUCGGAGGCUUCGUUCGUUAUUAGGAAAAGAAUUACCAAUUAUUUUGGCAUUUCUAUCAUCUGAAUGUAAUAAUCCAUACGACAUUUACAAAAAAUUACAUCGAAUCAAACGGUGUCACUCGGAGCAUAACAACCUAAGACCUUGUGACUGUGCGCAACCUUGCAAACCGUGUCAAAGAGUAAAUUCAUAUCCAUGUGCAACGUACUGUCGUGAGUGUAGUAAAAUGUCUGUAGAUUUUCAACAUCGGCAAAGUCGCAGUGUAGCAGUAUGAUAGUUGAACGUAGAAUCUAAAUAUAAUUUAUUUCAUUCAUAAAUAAAAUUACCACCACAUUCUGACGUUUGUUUUGAGGUAAACUUAAUUUAAUUAUGGCAACACUGACAGUGGCGCGCCUUCGUACGAGGUGAACGUGUUGCGUUCGUGUGUCAUUGAAAAUCAAAGUUUUCAUGUUUUUUUGGAAUUAACACUUGAAAUCCCUAAAUAAUCUCAAAAGUGACGUUUUUGUGAUUAUGUGUUAUCAUCUCAUGUGCGGUGGAGGUACAAGAUAAGGGUGUUGGUGCAUGGUGGGGGUAAGGAGAAGGUGCGAAGAUGGGGGACAGUUUUCUGCAUCAAGGGGACAUAGUCUCCCUUCAUGCAGAGGGCACAGUCUCAGGAUUCCUGAGUACUUUGGGGUUGGUAGAUGACAGGUGCGUGGUCUGCCCCGAAGCAGGCGACCUGACUGAUCCGCCCAAAAAGUUCCGGGAUUGCCUGUUCAAGAUAUGCCCCAUGAACCGUUACUCCGCUCAAAAGCAAUUCUGGAACACAGCCAAGCAGUCUGCCAACAACAACACCGAUACUGGACUACUCAAGAGGUUACACCAUGCAGCGGAGAUAGAAAAGAAGCAGAACGAGCUGGAGAAUAAGAAACUACUAGGGACCAUUGUGCAGUACGGAAGCGUGAUACAACUGCUGCACGUGAAGUCCAAUAAAUAUCUGACUGUAAAUAAGCGCCUACCAGCGCUAUUAGAGAAGAACGCGAUGCGUGUGCAUUUAGACGCAAAUGGUAAUGAGGGCUCAUGGUUCUAUGUCAUGCCAUUCUACAAACUCCGGUCGACUGGCGACAAUGUGGUGGUUGGCGACAAGGUCAUCAUGAACCCCGUGAAUGCAGGUCAACAAGUCUUACACGUGUCCUCUAACCAUGAACUACCUGACAAUGCCGGCUGUAUGGAGGUGAACGUCGUAAAUUCGUCGACGUCAUGGAAGGUGACGCUGUUCCUCGAACACAAGGAGAACCAAGAAGAGAUCCUCAAGGGAGGAGACGUGGUGCGGUUAUUCCACGCCGAGCAAGAGAAGUUCCUGACUAUGGACGAAUACCGCAAACGGCAUCAUGUGUUCCUGCGCACUACCGGACGAUCUAGUGCCACUGCGGCCACUAGUAGCAAGGCGCUUUGGGAGAUCGAGGUGGUGCAACACGACCCAUGCCGCGGCGGCGCCGGCCAUUGGAACUCGAUAUUCCGGUUCAAGCACCUCGCGACGGGACACUACUUAGCGGCAGAGGCGUGCAACCGACCGCCUGAUGCCCCAGUAGAGAUAGGCGAGCCAGCAUACCAGCUGGUAUCCGUCCCGCACUCGUCAGAAAUCGCGACUCUGUUCGAGUUGGACCCCACCACCAUGACGCACUCCGACGCACCCGUGCCACAGAGCAGCUACGUCAGGUUACAGCACCUUUGCACGCAUACGUGGGUACAUUCAACUUCCAUACCUAUUGACAAAGAUGAAGAAAAACCUGUUAUGUCAAAGGUGGGGUGCUCAGUGGUGAAGGAAGACAAAGAAGCCUUUGCCCUGAUCUCCGUAUCGCCGAGUGAAGUGAGGGAUUUGGAUUUUGCUAACGAUGCUUGCAAGGUGCUCUCUGCCUUGUCGACUAAACUGCAUCAUGGAAAUAUAGAACAUAACGAGCGAAAGGCCCUAACCUGCCUGCUCCAAGACCUAGUGUACUUCAUAGCGGGCUUCGAAAAUGAGCCCAACAAGUCUGAAGCAUUGGAACUGGUCGUGGAGAACCCCAACCGAGACCGCCAGAAACUUCUGCGCGAGCAGUACAUCUUGAAGCAACUGUUCAAGAUCCUCCAGGGCCCGUUUCAAGAGACGACUGAAGGGGAGGCGUUUUUGAAGAUAGAGGAUCUGUGCGACCCUCGCUACGCCCCUUAUAAGUACAUUUUCCGGCUUUGCUACCGGAUACUACGACUCAGUCAACAAGACUAUAGGAAAAACCAAGAAUACAUAGCGAAGCACUUCGGCUUCAUGCAAAAGCAGAUCGGCUACGAUAUCCUGGCCGAAGACACGAUUACGGCGUUAUUACAUAACAACAGGAAGCUUCUGGAGAAGCAUAUCACGGCGUCGGAGAUCGAGACGUUUGUCGGCCUAGUCCGCAAGAACAUGAAGACCUGGCAGUCCCGGUUCCUGGACUAUCUUAGCGACCUGUGCAUCUCCAAUAAGAAGGCCAUCGCCGUCACGCAGGAGCUGAUCUGCAAGAGUGUGCUUUGCGCUAAUAAUUCGGACAUACUUAUCGAGACCAGAUUGGCCUCGACAAAAUACGAAAAGACGAAGAUAUUGGAACCUGACGACAAGAGUAAAUACUCUGUGGAAGACGAAGUCAUAUUGCUGUGGAAUAAUAAGAAGAAUUCCCGGUUACUCUCAGAACUGGCUGCGGAGGCGCGCGUGAGCCCCGCAGGCGAGGCGGCGGCCAUCUUGGACUACUACCGCCACCAGCUCGACCUGUUCUCCAACAUGUGCCUCAACCGGCAGUACCUCGCGCUGAACACGCUCUCGCCGCAUCUGCACGUGCACCUGAUCCUCAAGUGCAUGUCAAAUGCGGAGUUAUCCUACGAGCUGCGCGCGUCAUUCUGCCGCCUCAUGCUGCAUUUACACGCUGACCGCGACCCUCAAGAGCCUGUUACGCCUGUCAAGUACGCGCGUCUGUGGACUGAGGUGUGCGACCGCAUCCACAUACACGACUACCAGUGCGUGAAAGGUGGGCCAGACGCAACCCGCGAGAAAGUUAAAGAGCAAUUCGCUCUCACCAUCCGCUUCGUCGAGAACUAUCUCUGCAACGUGGUCACUCGCACCUGGUACUUCAGUGACCACGACCAGAACAAGCUCACCUUCGAGGUGGUCAAGCUGGCCAGGGAGCUAAUAUACUUCGGCUUCUACAGUUUUAGCGACUUACUCCGACUGACGAAGACCCUACUCAGCAUACUUGAUUGCGUCACAGCCAUGGAUCUGCUGAAUGAAUCCAACGCCCUUUCCGGAGAGGUGGAAUCUGAAGGGGGAGUACUGCGCAGCAUUGGUGAUAUGGGUGCUGUCAUGACUUCUAUCACCUUGGGUUCCGUCGCACGGAAUGUCGGCGGGGGUAGCGGCGGGGGUGCGACAGCGGGCGCGGGGCUGCAGCGCAGUGCGUCGGCGCUCGUGCUCGCGCGUGAGCACCCGCUCGUCAUGGACACCAAGCUCAAGAUCAUCGAGAUACUGCAGUUCAUCCUAGACGUACGACUGGACUACCGCAUCAGCUGCCUGCUGUCGAUCUUUAAGAAGGAGUUUGAGCAGGCCGGCGACCGAACGGACGCCCUGGCCCGCGCCGACGUCGAGGCCAUAGGGCUCCAGGCUGAGGGCAUCUUUAGCUGCCGGGACGGACUUGACCUGGACGAAUGCGGGGGCCGAAUGGUCCUCCGAGUCCUGCUACAGCUGUGUUCGCAAGGGGCCUCGGCGGCGCUGGUCUCUGGAGCCCUAGCGCUGUUGUUCCGGCACUUCAGCCAGCGGCAAGAAGUGUUGGCUGCCUUUAAGCAGGUCCAACUCCUAGUGUCGGACGCGGAUGUGGAGUCCUACAAGCAGAUCAAAGCGGACCUGGAUCUGCUGCGCCAGAGCGUCGAGAAGUCGGAACUCUGGGUAUUCAACAAAGGACGAGCUGGUAUUCUCGAUGACCAUUCAGGUAUAACAGGCACUGUGGGCCCGGGCGGUGCAGUGCUUGAGAGGAACGCAUCUCUUGACAACGUUCUAGACACCUCUAGAACGACUAAGCAUGACCAUAUGAACGAGUAUAAGAAAAUUAAAGAGAUCCUCCAACGCAUGAUCAAGUACUGCACGCAAGGCAACAGCGGCGGCGGCGACACCGGCCGCCCGCGGCGCCACGAGCAGCGCCUGUUGCGGAACAUCGGCGUCCACAAUAUCGUCCUUGACUUGCUGCAGGUGCCUCACGACGAGGAUGACGCAGACAUGGAUGAACUGCUAGCCCUGGCGCACGAGUUUCUGCAGCACUUCUGCCACGGCAACCAGCAGAACCAGGCUAUCCUGCACAAGCACCUGGAUCUAUUCCUCAAUGCUGGGAUCAGAGAAGCGCAAACAGUGUGCGCAAUAUUCAAAGACAACGCAACGCUCUGCGCGCACGAGAACAACGAGAAAGUCGUCGGCCAUUUUGUGCACUGCAUAGAGUCGCGCGGCCGCCGUCCGGCCUACCUGCGCUUCCUGCAGACCAUAGUGCACGCCGACGCACAGUACAUCAGGAGGAGCCAGGACCUCGUCAUGCAGGAGAUGGUGAAUGCAGGCGAAGACGUCCUGGUGUUCUACAACGACAAGGCAUCAUUCAACAACUUCAUUCAAAUGAUGAGACAAUACAAACUGACCAACGAAAUGCCAGAAGCUUUGACAUACCACAUCCAGCUGGUGAAGCUUCUGACCUGCUGCACCAUGGGAAAGAAUGUGUACACGGAGAUUAAAUGCCACAGUCUGUUGCCGUUAGACGACAUAGUGGCUAUGAUCACGCACCCGCAGUGCAUUCCAGAGGUGAAAGAAGCCUACGUGGGCUUCCUGAACCACUGCUACAUAGACACGGAAGUCGAGAUGAAAGAGAUAUACUCCAGCAACUACAUGUGGGACCUGUUCGAGCGGUCCUUCUUGCAGGACAUGCACGCCAUCCUGCAGGACCCUGCGCAGCCGACGCCAGGUCCAUCAACGUCCACAGCGUCGCCCCGCAAGGCGGCGAGCGCCGGCCAGAAGGCGUGGGUGAACUACGUGACAGACGUGCUCAUGCACACGAUUUGCACGUUCUUCAACUCGCCUUUCAGCGACCAGAGCACUACUGUACAGACCCGGCAGUCGAUAUUCGUCAAGCUGCUGCAGACCACAUUCAGUAUCUACCAGUGCCCGUGGCUCGCACCGCCGCAGAAACUCAGCGUGGAAAAGUGCAUACGAACGCUGAGCGAAGUUGCCAAAUCUCGCAGUAUAGCUAUCCCCCUGGACUUAGAAGCCAAGAUCCAGGCGGUAUUCGAGAAGGCGGCGGCGCUCUCGCGGCAGACCAGCAGGUGGUUGCUGGCUUCCAAAAACUCCAAGCUGGAGAAGAUGGCUUCACAGUCAAACCUACAGAACGAUAGAUCCGUAAUGGAGGGGCUGCAAGAGAUAGUGGCGCUCCUGGAGGAGCAGCUCAGGCCGCUGCUGCAGGCCGAGCUGUCGCUGCUCGUGGACAUCCUCUACAAGCCGCACCUACUGUUUACGUCACCCGGCGACGCGGCGCAGCCCGACGCCUCCGGCAUCUUCAUCUCCAGAUUAAUCCGUCAUACGGAGAAGCUACUUGAAGAGAAAGAAGAGAAGUUAUGUGUUAAGGUGUUGCGAACACUUCGCGAAAUGAUGGCCGUCGACCCCGAAUAUGGGGAGAAGGGCAAUCAACUUCGUAACAAGCUUCUCUCCCAAUACUUCGUGAACCGCAAAUCUGAGCCCAAAAUCCAGCCUCCCCAACCAUCUCUGACCGUGACCCACGGACCGGGUGCCAAGGUACUCAUGCGAACUGGCCAGACCCUGGCGCAGGUGCAAGCGCACCUUGACAAGGAGGGAGCCUCCGAUCUGGUCGUGGACCUGGUCAUCAAGAGCACCAACCGCCCCGCCAUCUUCCUUGAAGCCAUCCAGCUUGGUAUCGCUCUUUUGGAAGGUGGAAAUCCCAUCAUUCAACACAGUAUAUUUACCAAACUUCAAAAUGGCGAGAUUUCGCAAGCGUUUUUAAAGGUGUUCUACGACAAAAUGCGAGAAGCCCAGCAAGAGAUUCGCUCUCUGGCGGCGAGCACCACCGCCGCUGCCGGCUCCGACAAACAGCGCACCUCGCACGCCGACAAGCAUAAACAGCCUUCUGUCGACGGUCGUACAACACCAGCCAACUUAGUGGUGGGCGAAGAUAUGGACGAAGAGGUCGCCAACGCUUGCGGAUCCGCCGUGCACGCGUACUCAGACAUACACACUAUGUCUCACGGUACAACAGUUUUAGAAGAAAUAAUGGCAGAAAAGAAGCGCGAAGCAGGAAGCGGCGACGUAUUGCCGGCGAAAGUGUCGGUGAUGCGGCCCAUCCUACGGUUUCUGCAACUGCUUUGCGAGAACCAUAACCCUGACUUGCAGAACCUUCUUCGCAACCAAAACAACAAGUCCAACUACAACCUCGUCUCGGAAACUUUAAUGUUCCUCGACUGCAUAUGCGGCUCCACCACCGGCGGGCUCGGGCUCCUCGGGCUUUACAUCAACGAGGGCAACGUGCAGCUCAUCAACCAGACCCUCGAGACGCUCACCGAGUACUGCCAAGGGCCCUGCCACGACAACCAGAACUGCAUAGCAACGCACGAAAGCAACGGCCUCGACAUAAUAACAGCGCUGAUACUGAACGACAUAAACCCUCUGGGCAAGACUCGCAUGGACCUCGUCCUCGAGCUCAAGAACAACGCCUCCAAACUCCUGCUGGCCAUCAUGGAGUCGCGCAACGACUCCGAGAACAACGCCGAGCGAAUCCUGUACAAUAUGAACCCCAAGCAGCUGGUAGAUGUUGCGUGCUCAGCCUUCCAUCAGGAGCACGCUAUGGACGCGGACUCCGACUCCGAAGAUGAUACGCCCGUGCAAGGCGUUUCACCGAAGGAAGUGGGCCACAACAUCUACAUCCUGUGCCACCAGCUGGCCGGCCACAACAAGGAGCUCGCGGCGCUGGUGCGCGCCUCUCCCGCCGGCCACAACGCGCCCGCCCUGCAGUACUACCGUACUCACACGGCGCAGAUAGAGAUAGUGCGCACUGACCGGAGUAUGGAACAGAUAGUGUUCCCUAUCCCGGAGAUCUGCGAGUAUCUGCCGGCCGACAGUAAGCACCGCGUGCUGCAGAGCGCCGAGCGCGACGACCAGGGCAGCAAGGUGGCCGACUUCUUCAACCGCCUCGACAACCUGUUCCACGAGAUGAAGUGGCAGAAGAAGUUGCGCGGGCAACCAUUCCUGUUCUGGGUGUCGUCCUACAUGUCACUCUGGAGCAAUAUAUUGUUCAAUUUCGCCGUUCUUAUCAACGUAAUCGUAGCUUUCUUUUACCCGUUUCAAGACGAAAAUCCCAAGCUGGGCCAGCACCUAUCCCUAGUGGUGUGGUGCGUGGGCGUGGUGGGCGCCGCACUAGUGACGUGGCUGCCGCGCUCGUCGGGCGUGCGAGCGCUGCUGGCCUCCGCCAUAGUGCGGCUCAUCUACUGCGCCGGGCCCGAGCCUACGCUGUGGGGCCUGGCCAUGCUCACGAUAGUGGUAAAGGGGAUCCACUUGGUGAGCAUAAUGGGCAACCAGGGCACGCUGUCGAAGUCGACGCGGCACGUGCUCACCGACCCGGAGCUUCUCUACCAUAGCGUCUACUUGGUCUUCUGCUUCCUCGGAAUCUGUUGUCAUCCAUUCUUCUUUUCCGUUUUGCUUCUGGACAUUGUGUACCGCGAAGAGACCCUGUUGAACGUAAUGCGCUCAGUGACACGCAACGGGCGGUCGAUCCUACUGACGGCCGUACUGGCGCUGGUGCUGGUCUACAUGUUUUCCAUCGUCGGCUACAUGUUCUUCCGGGACCACUUCCUCGUCAGCGUAGACCGGCUCGAUGACGACGACGACCCUCGUUUCGGCACCGACGACUGCUCCGGCAGCUCGAAAUACCUCUCCCCUGAAAGCUGCCGGCGCUCGCGCUCGCGCUUCGUGUCGGUGGGCGGCGACCUGCGCGAGCGCAGCUGCGACUCGCUCAUCAUGUGCAUCGUCACCACCCUCAACCAGGGGCUGCGGAACGGCGGCGGCAUCGGGGACAUCCUCCGCGCCCCUGCUAGCUUCGAGCCUCUGUUCGUUGCGCGCGUGGUGUACGAUCUGCUGUUCUUCUUCGUGGUGAUCAUCAUCGUGCUGAACCUGAUAUUCGGCGUCAUCAUCGACACCUUCGCCGAUCUUAGAAGCGAGAAACAGCAGAAGGAGCUGAUACUCAAGAACACCUGUUUUAUUUGUGGAUUGAACAGGUCAGCCUUUGACAACAAGACGGUCUCGUUCGAGGAACACAUAAAAAGCGAACACAACAUGUGGCACUAUCUCUACUUCAUGGUGCUGGUACGGGUCAAGGACCCCACCGAGUUCACCGGGCCCGAGAGCUAUGUGCACUCUAUGAUCAAGUCAAACAACCUGGACUGGUUCCCGCGUCUGCGCGCGCUAUCGCUCGUGGGCGGCGGCGAGGGCGAGGGCGGCGAGCUCGAGUUGCGCGCCCUGCAGACGCAGCUCGAGCGCGCCCAGCGCCAGGUGCACACGCUCACGCACCUGCUCACAGAGCUGCGCGACCAGAUGACGGAGCAGAGAAAACAGAAGCAGCGCAUCGGGCUCCUCAACUCAACCUCGGUGUACCUCCAGAACUUGCAGAUGAACCUGCCUCCGUGAAUCCGCACCUGCUCACACCAGGACACACACACACGCUCACUACACUCGUGACGUCACCUUACAUCUAAUAUGCUCAGUACAGUUUCAUGCCUGCCUACUUUCAACACAUGACGGCAUCUUAAGACUGUUGAUGCUCAGUAUUGGAUAUGCUUGUAAAAUUAGCAGUAUGAAUCAAUUACACACGUGCUUUUUACACCCGUGACGUCAUCGUACAACUUUACGCUCAGUAUAGUUUCAAGCCUGUAAAAUUUGCGGUAUGAAUCAAUUACACACGUGCUUUUCACACGCGUGACGUCUCGUACAACGUUACGCUCAGUAUAGUUCCAAGCCUGUAUGAUUUGCGGUAUGAAUCAAUUACACACGUUCUUUCAACACUCGUUACGUCUUGCAACAUCUUGCAAAUGUUGAUGGUCAGUAUAGUUGCUUGUAAAAUUUGCGGUAUGAAUCUAUUACAUACUUACUUUCAACACUCGUGACGUCAUCGUACAACUAAUGCUCAGUAUAGUUUAUGCUUGUAAAAUUUGCGAUAUGACUAUUAAUUUAGCUUUACACAAGCUUUAAUGCCGUUUUACAUUCUGUUGUUAAGAAGUGUUGUGAAAGUUAGUAUGACCAAAUAAUUUAUUUAGUUUUACUUGCUUGAGAAAAUAAGCAACGUGUCGUAUAAACUCUUUGAAGGAAAGGUGCUUUUUAAGCUAACUUUUCUUUACACACGCAUAAAACAUGCUAAUGUGAUAUCAAAUUGAUUUAGCUAUACUUUAUCAUCGAGACGAAAGGUAAGUACGAGCAAUAUAUAAUUUAUAUGAGCAGUGUGUGUCGUGUCUAAUAUUUUACCAUCUUACCUCAACUUAUCGCACAAUCAAAUAGAAAUGUUCCAUUUCAAACUUGAUAACUUCGAUUUUCCGUGACACUAAAUGAGUGAAAAUACCUACAGGUUAAUAUUGUUAGCGUGAGUCAUACAUAAGUAUAGAUUCCUAUUCAUAAAGAUAGUAAGCUAUCAAUAUAUUCCACUAAUGACGUUGUAUUUAAAGAUAAAUACUAAAAAUUAAAGAGAUAUAAAGAAAACAAGAUACAAAAUAAAUUUUUCCUCCUGUAGGUAUCUACACAUAUCUAUGAUAUAGACCGCGUAUAUAGUUAUAUUGUAAUUGGCCAAGGAUUUGAUCAUUUAGAAUCUAAUUUAGAUUAGAUCUAUUGAAUAUUUAAUAUAGAAACCCGGUUUCUAGUUUUCAAUUAAAGUAAUUGUUAAAACAAACGUAAAGAUACUUGUUUUUUAAUGAAAUAACGCAGAAAGUGAAGAUUGUAAUUUUUUCAUUAGUGAAAUAUCCCAAUAAUAUGUACUUAAAUUGAAUACCUAGAAAUCGGGGACUCGAUGAUUUUCGCAAGAAAAUCACGAUUUUAUGACUUUGAUGACAAAUAAUGUAAUGUUAUAUUUCAAUUGUAACUUUUCAUACAUUUCAUUACAAGUAACUUGUUACAUUACCUUUUCUCUAAUCUUGUCUAAUGUGAUUCAAAUAUAAGUUGUUGAAUUUUAUUGAAGUUACAUUUGAAACAAUGUUAUGCUGUAUGAAACCUAUGAUGAAUAAUUUAGAACAAAUGAAUUUGUUUUAACUAGUGUUCAUAGAUUUAGGUGUGGAUGUUUUUAAGUGAUGAUGAUGAAGGAGCUUACGACUUGUUUUGUAUAUUCUUGUCAGAAAUUUAAUUUCUCCUUAGAUUUUAUAUACAGAUCGUAAGCAUUAUACAGGCAGAUCAAAGCAAUAUUUUAAGUAGCUCCUUCGAAUAACAUGUGCAAUCGAAUAGCUCAAAACCGUUACCUAAUCGUACUGUAGUUAGAUAAAACGAAUUUUAUUUAAUUAUCCGGAGAUCCGAGUCUAUCUCUACAAUGUUAUCGUGUGAAAUGUAUACUUUUGUUGUGGUUGUCUUAUGUGUUAAGGUGUUGCCAUGUUGCCGCGAAUAUUGGACAUAACAACAUUUAUACAAGAAUGGAUGCAUUUUAAUAGCAUUUUUAGGUAUUAAACUGGCCUCAUUCGAAGACUUAUGAGGACACUGAAUCACUGCAUAGUGUCUAAUUUUUGUUGAAAAGAAUUUGUUGGACUUUUUUAAUCCAAUAAGUACAAGAAACAUCUAUAGUCAAAUAAAUAAAAGUUAUGUUGUUUAAUUUAGGGCUUAUUUCAAUCGCUAUGCCAUGAAACUUUUUUGAGAAUAAUUUUCACUUAUUGACAGUUUAUGGGGAAAUAUUGACAUUGUUAACUAUGUUCUUCAGGUCAGGGUUGUAAAGCCCUAUGUCUACGAAUAUUCGCGGCAACAUUAUUUUUAAGCUAGUAAAUAAUUCGAUUCGACUUAAAACGUGGUUGUUGGUCACUACAGGUUUGAUGUACGAAAUGAUGCAGCUGUAGGCUGCAAAGUGAAGUAUGCAAUACUAUUUUAAGCCUUUCAAUCUGUCGCCAAAAUCACCUCGUACGUGGCGUUAAUUUGUCAUUAUUAUUUUUAAGUAUGAGGCUUUGAAGAUAUUACAAUGUUAUAAUAUAACCGAUUUCUACGUAAUUCGUUUAAGUUCGAAUAAGGUUCCUCAAUGAAACACGUUAAUAUUUAGCACUCUGAGCAUUACCCGUGCAAAGUUAUGUUCAUAUUACCACGUAGUGUGCUAGGGGCGGGUUCUAUAUGUUUUUAUGAAACUUAUGCCCGUAAUCACCAUCAAUACCUAAUUUUUAAGUGAUCCCUAUGGUAACACAUAACAGGAAUUUUGUUUUCAAAGGGGACACUUAAAAAUUUGGUAUUAAUGGUGAAAAAGGGCAUUAAAACAUAGUAUUGGGUACGCCCUGUUUUCGCUACGUGGUAUUAUGAGUAUAUCAUUAAUGGUAUAAAAUAUUCUCAUGACGAUACUACAAUAAAUUGUAGGUUUGAAAAUUAUGAAUCUGUAUUUGAGAUCUAAAAUAUAUGUAAAUCAAUCGAACAAUAAAAUAAACACUGACUUACUAAACGAUCUGUGCCAUCCGAGCAAUAGUAGCUAAGUCGAUGUUUACCACGCUAUUUUAAUGUAUGAUAUCAUAUAAAUCGAAUGUUUAUAUGCCGAAUAUUAGCAAUUUGUUAUUGUUUUUGUUGAUCUGUUUAUUUUUGUACUUAAAUCUUGUCUCUCUUGAAAUCUAUCUCUCUUAUAUUGAUCUUUAUAUAGCUAUAACUUGUAUAUAUUUAUUUUACUUUUCGCGACCAAAUUGUACUUACAUUCCUGAUUCUUCUUACUACACUGAAGUUUGCAUUUAUAGGGCAAUUAUAGUUAAAUAUAUCUAGCAAAAUUAGGACAAAUCUCAUUUUGAAAAUUAGUAAAUAUUUCAUAAAAAUUAGGCAGUGCUUGGAAAAUCUUCUCAAAAUAUAAUUUGACUUAGUUUUAACACGUCGAAAUAAGUUUUCGAGUGCAAAUUCUGUAAAACUAACAACUCGUUUAUAAUGCAGAGCUUUAUAUUAUUUUUAUUUAUUUAUUUACUUCUAUCAAAGUUAUAUUUUUAAAUGUUUAGGUAUAUCAGUUACGUUCUAGUUUGUUUAUUUAUUGUAUUCCGUCGGGAAUCGAUGCUGGAACCCUCUAUUGCUGUAAGGACGUAUCAUGGUGAUCGUUGACCAAAUUUCAAAUGUAUCUAUUUUUUCCUAGAAAUCUAUAUUUUUAUUACCACAUCUUGUGAGUCUUUAAAGUUUAUAGAAUAUAUUUAUCGCACGUUUACAUUCCUAUCGUAUUUUUUAUAUUGUUUAUGGUCUUUCGAAAUUCUAGCGAAUCUUUCGGAAAAUGUAAAGUUCUCGCUUGUGGGUAGGCAGCACAGCGGUAGUACUUCAAAAUAUAAUUUUAUAACUGAAAAUAAAUAAUCAGUCUAAAAACGCAAAAAUGUUUUCGCUGUUGCGCCGCUCACAGCGGACCCUCUUCCUUAGAUGUAGCCAAGGGCUUGUUCCGCUACGGUCUCAGCGUUUGCCCCUAUAGGGUUCGAACGCGGGACCAAAGCGGAGCGACCGUAGACUAGUAGGAUAUUGCCGGUGCGACGGCUGCAAUAACGUGUUUUGUUUAUAAAUAAAAAUAAUGGCACAAA